AGAGACCCAAUCAAAUUUUUUUGUAUGAACGAGGGAUUUCUCUUCUCCGCAAAGUCGCUCUCGGCAGCGUUGCUGGAGCUAAAUCUUCUCUCGUGCCGAUCCCCCCGAAUGAUCCACGGUUCAGGCUCUUGGAUCGCGCGAUAUUCCCUUUCGCUGGCAAAUGCGAGCAGCAAGAACAGGGCAUUCGAUGGAUGCGGCGUCAAUCUUGUUCGAUUAUCGUCUCCUGGAACGCGAUGGUCACCGCGUAUGUGGCGGCAUCCCGCAUCCGAGAGUGAGAGUCUAUGUUUGAUUGCGUCUCAGAGCGCCAUGGAACUCGAUGAUAAUGGCUCUCGCGCAGCAGGGGCAAAUUGUGGCAGCGAAAUCGAGCUUGGGCAAAAACGCCGGCCAAGGAUCUGGUGUCCUGGACGAAUCUACUGCCCAGAAUGACAGGACGUUCCAUGGGUUCCCCUUCCAGCAGUGAAUAGCAGAGGGGGGAUUUGGCCACCUCCAAAGAAAUGUUUGAUUUCAUGCCGGAUGAAGACGGUAUUGAUUCGGCCAGUAGCUGCUCUCCAGGAUCCGCGCGUGGAUCCUCUGGCCUCGCAGCCCCUGGAUGUCGUCCACGUGGACAAUCAGAUAGAUUCCAAAUCUUGUUUUUCAAAUAAGAGGUGCUGAAAUAAUAUUUUGUUAUCUCCCAGUGUUCAUGGCUUUGUGGUUAUAGCAUGCACGCUGUAAUGUUCUAUUGUGAAGGGUUGCUGGGUUCGAUUCCCAUCCGCCUCAACUUUCAAUUAAGAAUAGUACGGUGUUAGGGUCGCCCCCUAACAUGAACACUAUUU